CUUUCCCUCUCCUAGUGUCCUCAACCUUGGCCGUGGCGUCUCAGGUGCUUGUCAUGUGCUUGUUCUACCCGAGUCUGCUCUUGCGGCGAGGUGCCCCGCGGUCCGGGCUCCUGAGCCGCUGCCUUCCUGUGUGUGCUUACUUCCUAUGCUGGCUGAAGGCCGGAGGAGGACGCACCGAGUCCGAGUCCCCAGGCUGCGCACCAGUGAGAGCCAGCGCCCGGAGGUGCCGAUGUCUUCCGGCGUGGCCCCAGCUAAGGAGCCCAACGCUACGGGCCCCAAGGCCGUGGAACUUGUCCUGGUCAAGGAGCAGAAUGGGGUGCAGUUCACAAGCUCCACCCUCAUCAACCCCACGCAGACCCCCGUGGAGACCCAAGAACGAGAGACCUGGAGCAAGAAGGUCGACUUCCUCCUGUCGGUGGUCGGCUUUGCCGUGGACCUGGCCAACGUCUGGCGGUUCCCCUACCUGUGCUACAAAAACGGCGGCGGCGCCUUCCUGGUCCCCUACCUGCUCUUCAUGGCCAUUGCUGGGGUGCCGCUCUUCUACAUGGAGCUGGCCCUGGGGCAGUUCACCAGGGAAGGGGCCGCUGGCGUCUGGAAGAUCUGCCCCCUGCUGAAAGGUAACGGCGGGACGCCCCCACACCCCGCCGUGGCACGGCCCAAGCCGUGUGCGUUCGCUCCCGCUUUGCUCCCCGUCUCCGCCCCUGGACGUACCAUCUUAACUCUGGUCCUCCUUUCCACCUGCGAUGACGGGAUUCGGGAGCGCGUGUCCCUGCCGCGAGGCCUGCUGUCCGAGGGCCGUGCUGUCGGUGUUUAUGCGCUAGAUAGGAAAAAACACCCGUCUGUCUGUCGGUCUGCCCUCUGCCCGUCACGGUCCGUCCAUCCACCCGUCGUCUCUCUGCGUCGGUUGGCCACGGCCGUGUACAACGCCCCACGCGCCGGGCGGCCCGAGGAGUAGACAUUUGCUGCCUUACGUUU